CACUGGGACUUUCGAUAUUUAGUAUAUCGAUUGCGUUCUUGUCAGUCUGACAGCUGCUUUAAGGUUAUACUACUAUUGUAGUGGACUUGAAUUCGUAAAAUUUAUUGAUAUUAGUCUGCUCAUUACAUAACUAACCAGCUAUGUCUCAGGCUCCAGUUCGUGUCUCGCCGCUCAUCAAGCUCGGAAGAUGGUCCUUAUUGAUUGUAGGCAUUGCCUAUGGUGCUGCCCAUCAAAGCCGGCUGUCAAAGAAGGAGGAGAAGGUGCGCGAAAUUGAAGCCCAACAGAAGGCCGUUCGCGAUGCCAAACUGGCCGAGGAGAAGAAGCGCAGCGCUGAGGCCGAGGCUAGGGCUCUGGCUGAGCUGUCGAAGCCCAGCUCCCAUUAGAACGCAACUUUCGUUUCUUUAAGUUUAUUGCUACCACAACUGUUCGCAACAUAAUCAGAAAACCAGGCAAUAACAACAACAGCAAAAACAACAACCAAAUUCCAUGGGGCGCAAGCGAUCGGACAGUGUUGCUCUUAGACUAUCGAAUUAUCGAUCGUGUUUGUGUGUUUAUCUGAAGUUUGUCUAAAAUUGAGCAAAUUAAAAAAAA